CUGGCAACGGGUUUGUUUCCGGGUCGCUCAUGGGGCAGGAGAGGAGAGGAGAGGAGAGGAGAGGAGGUGCAAAUGGAAAGAAGCUGGAGCCGGGCAAUGAAGAAAAAGCAGGAGGAAGCCGAGCGGUGCAUCGAGGCGGCACACAGAUGCUUACGGUGUGGCGACGUGGAGAAGGCGCUGCAGUUCUUGGACUGGGCGCAGCAGAGGCACCCGACACAGCGAGCUAAAGCACUAAUUAAUUCAAUAAUUAGAGAUCAAUGUGCUGCUGACUGGACAAGUACCAAGGAGGCUGAUGAUUCUGAUACCACGUCCAGUAAAUUCAAAAAGUGUGGAAAUGGAAAUACAGCUGAAGAAAUUAAUGAAGCUGCCAAGAGUUACACGCAAGAACAAUUUGAAGGAGUACAGAGGACAAAAAGAUGUAAGAAUUACUAUGAAAUUUUGGGAGUUAAUAAAAGUGCUGAUGAAGAAGAUUUGAAGAAAGCCUAUAGGAAGCUGGCAUUGAAGUUCCACCCUGAUAAAAACUGUGCCCCUGGAGCAACAGAUGCAUUUAAAGCAAUAGGAAAUGCAUAUGCGAUUUUGAGCAAUACUGAAAAACGAAAACAAUAUGAUCAACGUAAAGAGGAAUUCACAACCUUCCGCACUUCCCACACUGACAGUUCAAGCCAUUACAGGGAAUUUGAAGCAGAUAUAACACCUGAAGAUGUAUUCAACAUGUUCUUUGGUGGAAGGUUCCCAACAGGUAACAUUCAUGCCUAUACAAACGGAGGUACAACAUACACCCAUAUUUACCGUCGGCGCCGACACAUGAAUGAAAGGGCAGAAGAGGAAGAGCCAGAGCACAGAAUCCAGGGUACUUAUUCUGCAUUUCUGCAGCUAUUACCAAUCUUUCUAUUAAUUCUUGUGUCGGUAGUUGCACAAUUGAUGGUGACCAAUCCUCCUUAUAGUCUUCACUACAAACCGUCAUUGGGCCACAUUCUGUCUAGAGAAACGGAGCAUUUAAAAAUCACAUAUUUUGUCAAGAAAGGCUUUCAGGAAGAGUACAAAGGCAAACCAUUGCAAAUUGUGGAAAGUAAUGUUGAGAACGACUAUAUUGAUUACCUUCAAAAGAGCUGCUGGAAGGAAAAACAGCAAAAAGCCGAUCUGCUGAAUUUGGCAACAUUGUACAGGGAUGAGCGUCUGAUGCAGAAAGCUGAAUCUCUUAAGACAGAGAAUUGUGAAAAAUUGUCCAGAUUUGUUGAACUUCAAAGGAAAGGAUGACAAGAACUAGGUUCCCAUAAAAUCUGGAUUGAAAUUAGCAAUGUUCUAAAACUGUUAAGAUUUAAUUCCAGAACUAAACAUACUGGUUUCCUAACCUUGAAUACAAUUUGCAGAGUGUUAUCAAUCUGUUCAGGAUAGUUUUGAAUUAAAGCCAUGCCAGUGCAACAUAGUAUAUUGCUAAGUUAAACUCAUGUUUAAUAGUUACCAUUAAGACUUUUACAUAGAGGUUAUUUUAUAUUGUUGGAAAUGAGCAGAAUGUUAAAAGGACAUUGACAUGAAAUAUCAACUGUCUCUCCACAGAUACUACCUAAUUUUCUGAGCAAAGCCAGUGCUUUUCUUUAACAUGCAGUGUUACAGCAUCUGUAGUAUUUUGAGUUUUUAGCAUAAUUUAAUGGCUGUGGUGAAGUGUAUUCAUUUCCUUGCAUUAAAUGUGGAUAAUUUUAAUCCGUGCUUCACAUUUUGUGCCUGUAACUUCAAUUCAGCCUUGCUGCAGAAGUUUCAUAUUUUUGACAUAAAUCACUUAAGCCAUUGCUUCAGGAUGCAAAUUACUUGCCAACUACGUAUUAACUGUGAGCAAGUUUAAUAGCUACAAGAUGGAAGUUCAUUUUUCAUUUUCAUAGCUAACUUCUAACUGUAAUUAAAUGCAUCACAUUUUUUUUGGACCCAAAUAUCUUGCUGUCUGUAAAGAUAGCAGAGGCACCAACCCCUAUUCAGACUCUGAAAAGUCCUCAGAUGAGCACUUGAAAUAUGAUCCGAGUUUAAGGAUUAAUAGAAGGGAAUGAGGAUUAACCUACCAGCUCUAUUCGUAGGGUGGCAUAGACUUGAUGAGCCAAAUGACCACCACCUAUGACAUAGAUUUUUAUGUCUGUGGUUCCUCAGUAUUUGCUUUCUUGAAACCAUUCUCAAUUUAAGUAUUUUCUUCAUCAUAAACAGUUUGAAAUUGUAAUAACUGAAGUAUUAUGUAUUCUCUACAUCUAUUUUUUUGUGGACAUGAUGUGGAUGUACUGUGAAACUUCUCGAAUCAGAGCUGAAAUUACAAUCACUGAACCAAUAGUUCUGGCAACUUUUUUGCCUCCAUAUUUUCAGAAGCACUGUCGAUGCUGUGCAUUGGCUUUGUGUUGCUGACUAAAAUGCAUAAAACAGAAUUUCUGAAUAAUUGAGAUUUUGAUUAAAUGACAAACUUUACUCAUUGUAAACAUAACUAUUGAAGCUAAAUUUUUAAAAACUCUACGGGGGCAUAUUUGCAUAUGGCAAUGAACUAGAAAAUUACUUUUUCACGUGUUGUCUUGCAAGUGUGACUCUAGGUCUGUAACUAGUGAAGGAAUUAUGCAUAUUGAUAUUUAUUUCAUGUACAUAUUUAGAAAUAUUUAUUGAGACUGAUCACACAUUGCAUGUAACUAGAUUUAAAUUUUACAUAAAUGAACAAAUAAAGCUUUUAUUCUAAUUACUGUGAUAUUUGGAGAAGGAUAUCUAAUACAAUCUGUAUAUCAUUGUAGAAUUAUGAAACUUUGAGUGUUGAAAUAAAGUAAUUUUUUUAAAGGUGA